AUGGCCACUCACAUCCUCUCUCUUCAAUCGCCAGCUUCCCACGUGGGGAAUGUUCUCCUCGACAGCUUGCCCCAGCCUCUGAAUGUCUCUCUCCAUUACGGCGAGGGAUACCCAUUACCCAAUGUGGCACUCAAAGGAGAAGCUACCCAGUCAUCUACACUCUCCUUUGCCACUGCGUCCAAAGCCAUCGAUGGCAGACGGAACUCGUUCUAUAGCAAUGGGUUCUGUAGCCACACGGCUGAAGACGAGACCAACCCCUGGUGGAGGGUGGACCUGCAGCGAAGCUUUACAAUCACUGCUGUAAAAGUCACCAACAGAGGAGACUGCUGUGCUGAAAGACUGGAUGGAGCUGAGAUCAGAAUAGGAAACUCACUGGAGAACAAUGGAAACAAUAAUCCCAGGUGUGCUUCCAUCUCACAUAUCAAAGCAGGUAAAACCUACACAUACCGGUGUGAUGGAGGCAGCAUGGAGGGUCGCUUUGUGAACGUGUUUCUUCCUGGACAGAAGAAGACUGUCACCCUGUGUGAAGUGGAGGUGUAUGCUGCCCCAGCAGGUAGAGCUUUAAGUGACUGGAUCUGA